UAUUUUUAACUAUUGAAAAUAUAUAUACUAUUUUCUAAAUUUUAACUAUUGAUUUUACUAUUUUCUAGUAGUCAAAUUGUCACAGUGUGUUAAGAUACAGAGUAUUUUUGUAAAAUUUAAUUACUAGUAUAUCAUUACAAGUAAAAUAAAAUCAAUCGGAGGCUUAUUCCGCUGUGAGGUUAAAAAGAUCCUACGCACAUGUCAACGUUUCUAAGCUUUUAAUAGUAAGUAGACAUUUAGGAUAUACUUUAAUUAUUUAAUCUUUGAAAAUAAUAUUGGAAGAAAAUAGAAAUAUAGUUUAGUUAAGGGGGAGACAGGCAACCGUUGGAUGAGAUAUUGCCAACCGCAAUUUGAAAUUCCUUCGGAUAAGACGCAGCACAACCCAACUGCGCGCAAUCUAGAGAGAGAGAAUAGACACAUCAUCGCCUUCACCACCCACACGCUCAACCAUGGCGGCUCUUCAGCACCUGUCCUCCUCUAUUAUCGCUCCCCUGCCGUCGCAGCUCCGCUCUCGUUUCAAUCUCCGCCGCCGCUGCUGCCGCCUCCUCCCUUCCGCCUCCGCCGCUCCUCACCCCGACCAAACUGAUAAUGCUAUUACCCGCCGUCAAUUGAUAGGUGGACUCCAAGCAGCAGCCGCAUUUUCGCUCUCUCCGCUCGGCCGCAAGGCGUUGGCCGCGGAGGACCCGCUGUCCGAGUGGGAGAGAGUUUUCCUUCCGAUUGACCCCGGCGUCGUCCUUCUCGAUAUUGCUUUCGUCCCCGAUGAUCCCUCUCACGGUUUCCUACUGGGGACUAGACAAACUUUAUUAGAGACGAAAGACGGAGGAAGCACUUGGGCUCCACGUUCCAUACCGUCUGCUGAAGACGAGGAUUUUAACUAUAGGUUUAAUUGCAUCAGCUUCAAGGGAAAGGAAGGUUGGAUUAUAGGCAAGCCAGCUAUUCUUUUGUACACUCCAGAUGCUGGAGACACCUGGAAGCGCAUACCGUUAAGUUCUCAACUUCCUGGUGAUAUGGUAUAUAUAAAGGCUAGUGGAGAAAAGGGUGCCGAAUUGGUAACUGAUCAGGGUGCAAUUUAUGUCACAUCAAACGGAGGAUACAACUGGAAGGCUGCUAUUCAGGAGACUGUUUCAGCUACUUUAAAUAGAACAGUUUCUAGUGGUAUCAGUGGUGCCAGCUACUAUACAGGAACAUUUAGCACUGUGAAUCGCUCACCUGAAGGAAAAUAUGUUGCUGUUUCAAGUCGUGGUAACUUCUACCUGACAUGGGAACCAGGUCAGGCAUACUGGCAGCCUCAUAAUAGGGCUGUUGCAAGAAGAAUUCAGAACAUGGGCUGGAGAGCUGACGGUGGUCUUUGGCUUCUAGCACGUGGUGGGGGACUUUAUCUCAGCAAGGGCACUGGGGUAACUGAGGAAUUUGAGGAAAUUCCAGUGCAAAGUCGUGGAUUUGGGAUUCUUGAUGUUGGGUACCGAUCAGAGGAUGAGGCUUGGGCUGCCGGUGGCAGUGGUAUUCUGCUGAAAACCACGAACAGCGGGAAGACAUGGAUCCGUGACAAAGCAGCUGACAACAUUGCUGCCAAUCUUUACUCUGUAAAGUUCAUAAACGACAAACAAGGAUUUGUACUAGGGAACGAUGGAGUCUUGUUGAAAUUUCUAGGAUGAAUCAUCGGCUGCUUGAACCGAGGGUGCAGGUCACAUAUUUUUUUCUUGCUUUGUCGUCCAUGAUCGCCACUGUUUUGUCUCCAAUACUUUCAGAGGAACCAUGUGAGUUUAUUUUAUUUAUGUCUCCUUUUUUGGGCUGUUGUAGCUGCCUAUGUGUUAUCAAAGUGAUACCUACAUACAUACAUGAAGCUGUGGCUCUCAUAUAGUAUUUAGAUUUGUGGAGGAAUACUCAUUUGUAGAUCACUGGAAAUUGGUGAAGUCUUAUUAAAGGCGACCCUCAUUUUAUCAUUUUAUGUUAAAUAAUUGGCAAA